UAUCUUUUAGAUUUACAAACUGCUCGACUUUUUAUUUAUAAGUACAUGUCAAAUCUCGGACCCGGACAUUCAUGUAUGAAUGGUCCAACAAUUGCGUACAAUAAAAAUGAAACGAUUAACGGAAAUCACAUGCGUCGUAAUAUUACUGUUGAAAUUAAAGGGUUUCGACUGUGCGAACAACACGACUACGACGACACUGAUAUUGCAGCCUUCUAAGUAUGACGCGUCAUCGCCGGCUGCUUCCGAUUUUUCGUAUGGUGGCAUUUCGCCGUCGGAACUGGCCAUGUUGUCCGGCACGGAAACGGAGCUACCCACGCCCGCGGUGCACGCGAUAGUGUUGCUGGUGAACGCUCUGCAGACGUCGCGGUUUUUGCUUUCCUAUCUGCCACCGCCGACGGUUUUCAACGUUUUGGACGAACUGUCUAGACGGCCGUCGCUGUUGAACUCCAUCGAACCGCCGAACGUCGCACGUCUGGUCGACACGCUGUGCGCGUCGCCGUCUCUGCUGAAAGUCGUGCCCGACCGCACCGUCUCCGAGCUGAUAACCGCGAUAUUCCUGAGCCCGAAAAUCGCGGACGCCCUGCCGCCGUCCACGAUCCUGUGCCUCUUGACCAAGAUAUCGUCGACCGUGUUGUGCCGGCUAUCGCCCGCCGUCAGAGCGUCGCUCAUCGGUCGUGUGUUGUCACCCAAAGCGUUUGGCUCGCUCACGCCCGCCGAAAUAUCGACCGUCGUUGACGCGUUCGUGUCCGCCAAAUGUCCGUUGGCAUUUUCGACCAAUCCCGCCGACCUGGUCGAACUCGUCAGGACCAUCGCGCUUUCGCCGACCGUCGGCAACCACACGGUGUCCGCCUCACAAACGAUCGCUUUUCUGUGCCGGCUGUCCGAAACCGUUCCCGCCCUGCUCGGCUGCGUUCCGACGGACGCCGUGGACGCUCUCCUGGGACCGUUCGCCGUGGCUGGCCAUCAAAUACCAGCCACAGCCCUGGCCGACUUGGUGGCCGUCUUGACCCGGCCGCCAUUUUCCCUGAGCUCGUUGAAGCCCGCCAAGAUCACUCCGCUGCUUACAGCGCUGUCACCGGCCGGCGUCCUGUCCGCGAUCCCGCCAGCCGCACUCGUCCAGCUGUUGACAGACCUGUCGUCGGCCGCUCUGACUGACGUCGUCACCGCCGAAGCGAUCGUCGGCCUGCUGUACGGCGUCACAUGCACGUCGCCCGGUCUGAUCGGCGACAUACCCGCGUGCGUCCGGUCAGCGUACGCGACGCGAUUGACCUCACCCGAGGUGACCGAUGCGCUGUCGGUCGAGAACGGCGUCAAGUUGAUCGGCAUACUGUGCAAAACCCGAUCGUUUUUGGCAGAAUUGCCGGCGAGCUGUGUGAACCUGACCGUGGCGUUCGCAGUGUCUAAUGAGACGCUCUUGAAUGCCCUACCGCUGUCGGAUAUUGUCGAUUUCGUCCAUUCCGUGACCGCCUCGUGCGUGAUGACGGAGAUUCCGGCCGAAAAUAUCAGAAAACUGUUGUCGCCGCUCAUUUCCACGUCCUCGCUGAGGGCGCUUGAUUCUAAUCAUUUUUCAAAACUCCUCUCGAGUAUCGCGUGUUGUCCGUAUCUUACGUCCGCGCUGUCGGGCGCUCAGAUCGUAAACGUGCUCGCCACGCUCGUUUCCGUUCCCGGCGCGUUACAAGCGACCCCGAACUCCGUCUACGUGGACAUACUGACGCAACUGUUCUCGAUGCCCGACCGCUUGUCUGAAAUCCCGCUCGCGUUGCUCUUGGACUUGUUGACUCAAAUCGAAAAUCAAAAUUCGGACGCGUUCUGCGCAAUUCCACCAUGCGCGAUAGCCGAGUUCACCGAGUUUCUCGGAACGGACGCCGCAGCACUCGUUUCGUUGCCACCGGCCGAAUUGACGUCUUUGGUGAGCUUUCUGUCCAAAGUCCGUUGUUUCUUGGCUCAGCUGCCUGUGAAAACCUUGACUGCCCUGUUCGAAGCGAUCGUCAAGUCGCCGUUCGCGGUACCGUUAGAAGAGCAGAUCAAACUGAUCGUCGCCACCCAGUCGCUUUCGUCAUCCGCACUGUGUUCACUACCGCCUGAGUCUAUCGGUGAGAUAGCCAAAUCGUUAGGUUCGUCCGAUGCGCUGGAUGGCCUGAGCCCCGAGUGUCUGGCCGAAUUGAUAACCGCCAUCUCGAUGUGUCCACGUCUGCUAUCCGUUAUGGAUCACGUGACGAUACGAGACCUGUUGGAGUUUCUGUCAACGUCUAAGACCGCGCUCAGCACUUUAGAACCCAGAGUUGUUGUCGACCUGGUGGUCUCGCUAUCGGCUAACAAACAGCUCUUAACGUCCAUUCCGGUAGACUGUUUCGUGAGGUUUUUGGUAGCGUUGCACGCUGCCGCGCCGACCGCUUCGCGCUCGAUACCGACGACCGCGGUGUUGGCGCUGUUGACUUCGCUGACGUCUCCGGACGUGGUGACGAACGGACUGACGUCGACGGACGCGGAAAACCUAGUGGACCUGUUGAACGCUUACCGCGGACUGCUGAUCGGAAUGCCACCGAUGGUAUUCGUUAACCUGCUGACGGCGAUUACGAACCGGUUUGCCGCCAUGCCUUGCGAGAAAAUCGUCUACCUGUUGGCGUCUGCAAACUCGGCGUCGCCGUGUCUUCUGUGCGCCGUACCGGAAGCCAUACUGACCGGUCUACUAGAAACGAUCGGUGCAAGAGCCGUGGUCGGCGGCCUCCCGUCCAAGUGCCUAGCCGCGUUAAUCGCCACCCUGUCCUCGUCGUUGUGCCUAAUGGAAGCAGCACCGGCCGCCAUGCUCGACUCGUUGCUGGGUCUGCUGUCGUCUGCGCCCGAGCUAAUGGCCACGUCUGUGCCACCCGACACGCUAGCCGACUUUUGCACCAACUUGGCGCUGACACCAUCCACGCUGAAACGGAUCGAUGUUUCCCUCAUCGUUUCGCUGCUGUCCGCGGCCGAACCCGAGUCGGUUCGCGCUGUACCGGCAAUGGCCCUGUGCGCUCUGCUGGCGGCGCUGUCCGACCCGAAGACUGUGCACGAGCUCCGGCCAACCGUGGUCGCUUCGUUGCUGCGCGUCGCUGCCACGGCUCCGCGGUCCUCGACGCCCUGGUUGGUGACACGCUCAACACGAUCGUAAUCAAG